UGUUUUCAACAGGUGGACCACAGACACCUGGGGAGAGUGGACAACAACGUGUGAAUGUCUCCUGCCGAUAAAAAAACGAGGAAACAAGCACAGGUGACCAGAGAUGUGGUAGAGAACUGUGCUGCUGCGGAGACGAGCCGAGCUGAACUGAGAGCCUGUUUUCACCCUGCCACGCCGUCGCUCUGUCAACACACACACACACACCACCUGCCUACGUAUGGACAAAGCACCAGGUUCCCCUGAGUAGGAGUGAAUAAGGUUUGUGAGAGGCAUCUGAGAGAGGCUUGCUAGGUUGUUCUGCACAAGUUUGAAGCAGUGCAUUUACUUCCUGUUUCCAGCAUCGUGGAGGCCUGCAGAUGUCUAAGAUGCUAAGGACACUUGGGAGAGGCUGCCGUCGUAAACAUAACUUGCAGAGAAACAAGUACGAGGUUCUCAUCGAUUCUUUGCUGCUGACUCCCGGCAUCAGUGCCGUAGCCUGAUAUUUGAUGGGUAAAUAUUCCAGGCGGAGCUCCGUGCAUUGUUCUCUCUUCACUGGGGUUUGACGAAGCUCAGCAGCCGCAUGGAUAAAAGGUCGAUCUGAACUUAACACGAAGCGGGGAAAACACCGUCGGUGCACUGAAGAAAAGAACAUCGAGGCAGCUGGUGGAGAAAAGGAACGGGAGAAAUAACUACAUGGACAGUGGAGGCGACUUCACGUUGGUGUUCACCAGCAGAUCGAUGUAGAGGAGCGAACGGUCUGACAGUGUGUCUGGUCCACAGCACAGAUCAGUGGAAGAGAGCCUGACACAUGGAUACGGUCGGUGUCUGGAACACGGAGCUGCUGUUGAUGCUGUUGUUGUGUGAUGGCAGGCUCGGUGGUGCUGUGUGUGUCGCCUGAAACAGGUUGGUGUCGCUUCCAUCAAACUUCAGCAGAAUCAGACGUGGGACGAGCAGCGCUCCUGAGGACUAAGUGAAUCACUGUCAUUCCCAGUUUCGCGCUUGACAAUGACAGCAGCUGUAUUAUGAGCAAGUGUUUAUCCAGCAGCCUCCACUGGACUUUCACUGGUUUCAGAGGGUGAUCCUAAACGCAGCAUCCGCCUGAAGGUCAUCAGUUAAUACCGGAUUCCCAUCAGAUCUGUCUGUCUGUUUGUGUAGUGCGAGAUCGCAGAUGGACUCCCUUUGUAAUGGAGCCAAGAAACGUGAGGGCAGUGAUCCAGUCGUAGAGCCCAGGACCCCUCCUUCAAAGAUGGCCCGACUGGAACAAAAUGGAGCAGGACCUUCAACCCAGGAGAGGAGCCGACAGGGGAGUCCUGUCUCCAAAACCCCCGGUCUGGCCCAGAAGCCCACCACACUGAGGCCACAGGGCAAGAGCUGGCACAGCAGAGGGAACCUGCUGCCAGUGUUCUGUGUGGUGGAGCACAAAGAGAACCAGCUGGAGGGAGACAGGCCAGAGGAACACGCAGAGUUUGUGCUGGUCAAGAGGGAUUUGCUGUUUAACCAGCUCAUAGAAAUGGCCCUGCUCACCCUGGGCUACUCUCACAACUCGGCCGCACAGGCCAAAGGUUUGAUCCAGGUAGGCAGGUGGAACCCUGUACCUCUGUCCAGUGUCACAGAUGCUCCUGAUGCCACCGUGGCUGAUAUGCUGCAGGAUCUUCACCACGUUAUCACCCUCAAAAUCCAGCUGCAGAGUUGCCCAAAAAUGGAAGAUCUGCCAACUGAGCAGUGGAGCCACUCUACAGUGAGGAAUGCUUUGAAGGAGCUCCUCAAGGAUAUGAACCAGAGCUCAUUGGCUAAGGAGUGUCCACUGUCCCAGAGUAUGAUAUCAUCCAUUGUAAACAGCACUUACUAUGCAAAUGUCUCGGCUGCAAAGUGUCAAGAGUUUGGCCGGUGGUAUAAACACUUCAAAAAGAACAAAUGCUUCAACGAGAUUGACAGUUUCCCUGAACAGUCUGCACAUGUCCCCCUCACCCAGCCGCCAAUGCCCCGGGGAGGUGUAGCCAACAUAUGUGCCCUUCCACCGUGUGGUUUACGCCCUUCAGGGCUGGUGACCCAACCGCUCAGCUCCCAAAUGGUCAACCAGCAGCUGGUCAUGACACAGUUUCUCAACCAGCAGUAUGCUGUCAGCCGCAUGUUGGCUGGCCAGGGUCUGUCUCCAUCGCCACAGUUCCUCAACCACCCUUCUGUGGUGAGAGCUCCUGCCAAGGUCUUCUCCAAAGUCACUGAGUCUCAAGCUCCACAGCAACCGCCGUGUGGCCUAAACGGAGGCCCCACGGCUGCACCUCAAACCCAGGCUCCACCGGGCUCUUCUUCAGGACAGUGCGAUAUUCCCAGUGACAUCUACCAGUGUGUGAGGGAGGAACUGAAGAGAGCAGGCAUCUCCCAGGCCAUCUUUGCUCGGGUGGCUUUUAACAGGACUCAGGGUUUGCUGUCAGAGAUCCUGCGUAAGGAGGAAGACCCCAAACAUGCCUCCCAGUCUCUGCUGGUAAACUUGCGCGCCAUGUAUGGUUUUUUGCAGCUACCUGAGGCAGAAAGGGAACGACUCUACCAGGUGGAGAAAGAGAGAAGUCUAACUGGUUUCACUCCUAGCUGCAGCAGCACACCACCAAGAUCUACACAGGCCAGACUGUCACCAGUUACAGUAGACGGAGGUUUGAGAACAGACAGCUGUGUUCUCAAUGUCAGCUCCUCCAUCUAUGAGGAGAUCCAGCAUGAGAUGAAGAGAGCAAAAGUGUCACAGGCUCUGUUUGCAAAGGUGGCCGCCUCCAAGAGCCAGGGUUGGCUGUGUGAGCUGCUGCGUUGGAAGGAAGAUCCCAACCCCGAGAACCGAACCCUGUGGGAAAACCUGUGCAUGAUCCGUCGUUUCCUCAGCCUGUCGCAAGCAGAGCGAGAUUUUAUCUAUGAACAGCAGAGCAGCACCACGACGGCACAGCAGCAGUGUGCAGACAGACUCACACUGAUCAGCAAUGACAACACACUGUACCAGCGUAACUCCCCUCUGCCACAACAAAACCACCUUCAACCCCACCAACCCCUGCAGCCAGAGGCCAGGCCUCACCUGUCGCCACUGCAGCCAUGUGCCGCAUCCCCAGCUGAGUCCGAGGUUGGGGGAAACUGGGGGAACCUGCGGGUGAGUUUACAGAGCAGGGGUGGUGGCAGUAAUGACAUGGUGGACAGUAAGGACUGGGCAGAGGGAAGGCGAGGAGAUGGCAGCAGUCUGGGGGGAGACUGGGGUUGUUCUCAAACAAUGUGGGAUAAGGGCACAGAAGGCAAGGAGGAGGUAAGGGAUGAAGAUGUCAGUGAGGAAAGCAUGUGUGAGAUCACAAGAGGUAUUGAAGAGGACAGGUUGAAGGAGAGUCUCUUUGUUAAAUGGUCUAAUGUGAAAAAUGAAAGUCAAGAGGGUGGAGGGAUCUGUUCUGAGGCAGGCAGUAAUGAGGCUGGAGGUGAUGAGGUUCAAGGCGAGGGGUUAAAAAUGUCCUGCGAAGCCCUGGGAAUCCUGCAGAGUUUCAUACAGGAUGUAGGUCUCAACCCAGACGAGGAGGCGGUCCACACCCUGUCAGCUCAGCUGGACCUGCCCAAACACAUCAUUCGCAGCUUCUUAAACAGCCAAGAAAAUGGGCAGCCUCAAGAACAGGAUCUGUAUCUGCAACAGAUCCCAAAAUACAACCGAGGCCACCAGCUUGGUGGGACAGACACAGAUCCCCAGCAGGCAAACAGAUCUAUCAAGAACCAGGAGCUGGAAAGGGAAAGCAAUGGAACGAUUGAUGUGACUGGGAAAUGUUCAUCAACAGAACUGGACUCCAGCACUCAAACCAUCACCCUGUUGAAAGAAGAGGAGGAAGAGAGCAUCUUAUAGUUAACUAAGACAUAGAAAAGCUAAUAUAAACGUGUGAGCCAUGCCCUGCUUGGAGCAAAUCAGCCUCUGGUACGUACGGUAGCUAAGAGUCAUUUUGUAUUACUUGAAGUUAAAGUGAAACUCUGAACACACUCAUGCACUAGAGACUUGAGAAAGUAACUGUGGCUAUACUGUACAUAUUGAUAUUGUUACUCAACAACCACUUUGUGCAGUUGAAUAUGUUUAAAAUAUUAGGGAGCAGUAAAUAUGAGAUCAUGUAUCACUGUUUAAAAUAAGAAGUGUGUUUGGUUGGCUGAUGUGUCUGUACCAGAUUUGCCUUGUAGAGUGUGGCACUGCCAGUUUGCUGGAAUCAUCGUUGCCAGUGUGUUUUAUAUUUAAUAUACAAAUUUUGUAUCACGUCGUCAUUGAAGUGUUCAAUCGUUUCUUUGGUCUUUUACAAGGUUUUUGUCGAUAGAUCAGUCAUCUGUGUAUUCAGUUCACUGUGAUUUCUUGUUCCACAUGAAUAUUUUGAAAAUCGUGCAAAACACUUGAAUUCUACUGAUCGUCGAAAUAAAUUGAUAUGAAUUAUUUUGCAUCAGAUUAAAUGAGCCAAUCAAAAAGGCCCUUUUUGGACAGCAGCGGUGUGCUCUGUCUAAACAACUCAUUUAUACCAUCCAAUCUGUGUUCACGACACAUCAAAAUAUACAAAGUGUUUCUAUGGAUGCAUGUAUUUGUAUGUCUCCAAAAUAUAGCUAUUAAUGUUUCAUUUACAAAUGUUGUUUUGCUUUAUUUGUCACGCAUAGAAAAGACAGACAAAGAAAAGACUGUGACUGAUUUUCUCAUUUUAUGCUUCACACACGAUAUUUGCUGUGACUGAGUAAACAAAGACUGUGAAUAGAAUAUUUAGGCCUGAGAUUUAGCAGUGUGAGCACUGCGAGCCGCAAAUACUACAACUACACUUCUACUAAUAGUAAUAUAACAAUAAUAAUUCCUAAAACCUAAAUAAAUAUGUUCCUGCAAAUAAAAACAAAUGCAGUUUUUCCAUUUGCUUUGGUUCAGUAGCUCAUUUAAACUGACCACUGCGACAAGUGACAAGUGUGCAUAAUUUUUUGUGUGUGUUACUUCAAUUUCUGAAUGUCCUUCUGUUAUUGUUUAUCAUUAAAUACUGUCAGGUCCUGUACAUUUAAAUAAUUCCUUUUACUGAUUCAUGAUUAAGACUAAACUCUGUAGUUUGAAUUCAGCAUGUAUACAGUACCAACAAACAGAAUCACACCAAGAGGUUUACAUUAUGAUGUGAACGCUUAACCCUUAAUGUCUAGUAAACCUACAGUAAUACUCAAUCUGCAUGUCUUUGGAUUUUGAGAGCAAUUCUAUCAGGGUUAUCUUUUGUGUUGGAUAUGUUCUCUCACUUAUUUAUAAUGACAAUACUCACAGACCUCUAUCAACAGAUGUACAAGUAUAGGAGCCUUUUGUAAAGAGCCUAUACACAGUGUUCUUCAUACAGAGUCUGUUAGUAUUGAAGAAUACAUACUGGUGAUCACUCUCUUAUAUAACUAUGCCUGUGUUGAAUUGUACUCAUUGUUUAGCCAAGAUAGACAGUGUUCCUCUGUGUAGACCACUGGGUCUUGGCUGUACCAGUUGAUCUGUCUCCCUACGAUCACACGUCUCUCAGAGCAGCCUUUUCUACCUUGCUCCUGUUUUCUGUUUUCCUCUUUUUAAUGUGUUUCUCACAGCUGCUCUUUCUGCCCCCGACUCUCAUCUGCCUUCCUCGGUACACCACACAUUGCUCCAUAUUCUCCUCAGACGCUGCAACAUUCAAGCUCCAUUUGGUCAGAAUGGCUUUAUGGAGUAAUUCAAUAAAACACUGCUCUUUUCUGUCAUCUGUUUCCAUGACAAUAUCUUAGUUAGGGCCGACGAGAGGCCAUGAACACCUCAUCAUCAGUAAUAUUAGCCAUAAUAAUGAUGAUAAUGGCGCUCUUUAAAUGCCAUGCCUGUGAUGAUGAUGCAACAGUAAUGACGAUAAUCAUCAUUACGACUGCUUUGAGUUAACGUUCACAACCACACAGCCCGAGCAACACACUCCCGGUGCACAAAUUUGACUCAUUAAUGCUAUUUAAUGUCACCACUGGAUAUUAUAUUUUCAUUCGGACUCAUGCCCCAUUCCAUUAUCCCUGUCCUGCUGUCUGGGUUUAGAUUGUGGAUUAGAUGUUGUUUUUAUUUUUCUCUUUCUCUUCAUGUUUUUGUCUGUGAAGCACUUUGUGAAGGUGUGGGUUAAAAGCACUCAGAUAAACUUGACUUGUCUGACCUCCAAAAUUGCUGCAAUUAAGGCUCCAUAAAAUGGUCUUAAUUAACCCUCGUGUUGAAGCACUUCUUCAGCGUUCUUGUUUAUCUAUGAUGUGUUUUAUUUCUCCUUGGUGGUGAGGCUCAUCACAACAGCGUGCUAACAUGCAGUUACAAUUGUUUUAGUUUUUUUGUUUUUCCCCACAUUCUGGUCUUUCUAUAAACAUUUUUAAUAACUUAACAUUAUCUGCUUUAUCAUAAAGAAAUCAAUUCAGUAGCAGUCAGGUAUAAUGGAAUACAUUUUCUCAUUCUUUUUACUAUUUGGUGGUUUGAUAACAUAAUCAGAAUAUUAUGGCUUGUUUUUCAACUUUAAGUGGUGGGAUCUGCAACUUUGGAACUUUGGAAAUGAAUAUGUACAAGUAGUGCCUUGUUUAUUGUUUGCAGCGCAUUUGAUAUCCAUACUGGUUUCAAAAAAUCACAACGAUAACCUGAUGAUGCAGCACAAAAGGCAGUUGGAACCACUGUGAAUAAACCAGGUGAUUAGGAAAGAAUACAUCACGAAUCAAUCCCUUAAUUUGAAACUUGUAUAAGCAGUAUGAUAACACGUUUCAAAACUUUAUUCUGGAGUUUUUUUAUAUAUCCUUUGUAAGAAUUGUUUGUCCUAAAGUGGGUGAAAUAAU